ACCCGUUUCCCAAUUGGAAAUUUUGCUUUUGCUUUAAAAAGUUAUACCUCUAUACUUAUCAUAUUCAGUUUACUUGAGGGUAUAACUGUUCUUAUUUCUAUCUACUGAAACCAGCGGUCGUUUAUCAGAUACUAUGAAACAUUCCAAGGAUCCUUUUGAAGCUGCCAUUGAGGAACAGGAGGGCUCACCCCCUGAAUCUCCUGUUGGCCUUGACGAGAAUGAAAACGAAGACCAAGCUGCACUUAAUGUUAGUGUUCAUGGCGAUGACGAUGCUAAUAUUAAUGCUGGCACUGAAAAUCGUUUGAUAUCUGUCACUGCACCGAUUUCUGUUGGUACUGCUGGUCCAAGUGGUAAAACAAAAGAGGAAGAUGAGGAGGAAGAGGAAGAAAACAUGGAUGUGGAGUUAGGAAAGUUUGCAUCAAGCAGUGAUCCUGAUAAAGUGGUGAAGAUGCAGUCUAUACUAUCCCAAUUCACAGAGCAGCAAAUGAGUCGGUAUGAAUCUUUCCGUAGGUCUGGUUUUCAGAAAUCUAACAUGAAGCGGUUACUGACCAGUAUCACAGGAAGUGCAAAGAUAUCUGUCCCAAUGACAAUUGUGGUGUCUGGUAUAGCAAAGUUGUUUGUUGGUGAGCUUGUCGAAACAGCUAGAAUGGUUAUGGCGGAGAGAAAGGAUACAGGGCCAAUCAGGCCGUGUCACAUGAGAGAAGCGUAUAGAAGGCUAAAACUUGAAGGCAAGAUUCCAAAAGGAUCAGUACCCAGGCUUUUCCGCUAGCCAACUACAGAAGCAACUUGUGCUUUUAUUUCAGAGCUUUGGAAGGUAUGGAGAACGGAUUGCUACAAGUCUAAAUUCAUGGAACCUGUUCGUUAUGCACUUUUUCACCAGAAGGAAGUCACUUGACAUUUGGAAGAGAUAGGAUGUUAUUAUUUAAGCUAUCCCCAAUUUCUGAACCUAAAAUGUGGAAAGAGAACCAAAUGUUCUUGAAUUUUCGGCUAAAACGUCAAGCAUUGUUUUAUUCUGUAGACAGUCUGCGGAGCGUGUGAAUAUAAGAGAUGAUUAGAGCCUUGGGAAACAACACCAUCAAUCUUUCUAUGGAGUUUCUGUCUUUUGGUUUC